AUGUCGUCGCCCGGUCGCAUGUCGCCGGGUCGGAUAUGGGGGGAAAUCAAGCGCAAAACCGAGCACGCCGGCAAAGGCAUCGCCUCCCGUUUAGGGCACAACUUUCGUAGUCACUCGGGUAGUCGCAGCGCUCGCCGCGCGCCGGCCGACGACUCCACGAGCGACGGCAGAGAUCCGCUCGGAGAAGACGACGACUGCCUGGCCAUGAGCCCCGACCGUUUUGCUAACCCGAACCGCAGGAGCGUCUCAGGUUCCGUGGAUUCCGGGGUUCGGCCGCCUACGGUCCGACACUCGUUCUCCGGACCUAUCUCCGGCGAUAAGGACGACGUCGCUGCGCCACGUGUCGCGGAACCGACUAUCGCGGAACGAGAACCGCUGGGGGGUCUGGGGCUGCCUUAUAACGAGUCUCUUGAGAAGAGCAAGGAGGGGAUAGUCGAUGAGCGCACAGACGCGGGUAGCGCUGCAGCGGAUGGAAGGAUAAAGGGUGGAGCAGCGGACGAGGUCCAGGGAGAGGGAGAGGGAGAGGAGAGAGGAUUAGCGGUAGGAGCAGGGGGAGAGGCGAAGGGAGAGUGGGGAGGGUGGGAGAUGUCUGAGGAGCGGUUGGGAUGGUGCGAGGAGGCGUUGAAGCAGCUGAAGAAACGGAUACGCGAGCUUGACGCUGUAUCGAAUGUGACUGGGAAGCAAAGAUUCGUGGAGGAGUUCGAAGGGCUGCGGGCGCAGGCGAGAGCCUCGGGGGAGAGCAGGCAGGAAGCGACCUCGGCGAUGCUGCCAGUCAACCGCCCCAAGAACCGCUACAUUGACGUGCUCCCUUAUGAAAACAGCCGGGUCCUUUUGGGGGGCCAGAGCGGAACACAAUCGGACGGCUCAGAUUACAUCAACGCGUCGCAUAUAGUCACGGACCCGUCGGAGGCACACAUGCCGCUGUACAUAGCGGCGCAGGGUCCGCUGGAUGACACUGCAGCGGCCUUCUGGCACAUGAACCCGUCGGAGGCACACAUGCCUCGGUACAUAGCGGCCCAGGGCCCUCUGGACGACACUGCAGCAGCCUUCUGGCACAUGGUGUGGGAGCAGCGCGCCGCUGCUGUCAUCAUGCUCACACGGGAGGUGGAGGGGUCAAGGAUCAAGUGUGCGCACUACUUCCCAUCCAAGGCGGGUGCAAGCGAAGCGUACGGGCACAUGCGCGUGAGCAACGAGGGGACAGUGGAGAUGAGUGAUGGCGGCACACUGCAGCGCCAACUCACCAUCACCAACGAGUCGACACCAGGCGCGCCCCUCUCGCUGCUGCAUCUGCACUACCUAGACUGGCCCGACCACGGGGUGCCCAGAAGCACAGAGUCCAUUCGGGAUCUCAUCCGCUCCCUCAGAGACUCGCCCUCAUCCAGUGGACCGUUCGUCAUCCACUGCAGUGCGGGCAUCGGGCGCACAGGAGCCUACUGUGUGGUGGACCAUGCAGUGCGGCGUGUGCUGCAGGGGGACCUCUCAGCUCUCAACAUGGCUGCAACGGUGCUGCUGCUGCGGCAGCAGCGGGCCGGCAUGGUGCAGACCAAGGAGCAGUAUCGCUUCUGCUACACCGCAGUGCGCGAUGAACUCAAGCAUCUCAUCAAGACCUUCAACACGGGCCCUGACUCUGACGACUCCUGA